UCAAAAUGUAGUUUCUUACUAAUUUUAUUUAGAACUUAGCAAAUUGCAAUUACUUACAGUUUACCCUAAAAUAAUAUUCUCUUAUAAGAAUGGUUCAAGAUUGUGGACCCCCUGAUGAUAAUUUGUUUAGAUCUUUUGUAAGUGCAGUGUACAAUACAGUUGAUGCACCCGUAACAUGGUUCAGAGAAAGAAUCGUUGAACCAAAUCAGAAAAAAUAUCCCUGGUAUCAUCAGCAGUAUAGAAAAGUACCAACAAUAGAUCAAUGUUAUAGCGAUGACGUCGUAUGCGAUUUCGAAGCAAACACUCAAUUUAAACGUGAUAGAGCUGUUGACUCCGAAAUUUUAAACAUAAUUCGUAUGAGAUUUGAAGAUUGUAUGCUGUAUGAAGCUCCUGAUCAUUUGACAAAGUGCAAACCACUUUGGGAGAAAUAUAAGGAUGCUGAAGAGGCUUGGUUCAUCAAAUAUGGUGACUUGGGAGCGUAUGCUGAUGCCCGUAAAGCCUAUAUGAAACAAAAGCAUCGCAUGGUUUGGGAGAGACGCUACGGAUCUCUGUCAAAUCUGACAAAGUAAGAUGUGUCGCAGUCCGUAAAAUUAUGUAUUGAAUAUAGUCAAAGUUGUUUCAAUAAAUUUAUCGAUUACUUGCA